CAGGAGGCUGGACCUGGCGGCGGGAAGGAGCUCCGUCUCUCGCCUCUGCCCCGCUUGAAAGGUGAGCCGGGCCUGAAAGCCUAACCCCCCUCCACCCCGUGGCUCAGGACGGUCCCAGCUGCGCUGAGGCGGCAGCGACUCGCCCUCUUCGGACGCUACCGGCGACGGCCUGGUUGCCCCCGGAAGCCUCAGUCACGCCCGGGGGAUUUGCAUGCCGCCCGUUUUGCGACCCUCGCCCAGAAAACGGCGACGCCGCUCGCUUUAUUAAGGCUUGAAGAGACCGCGGGCCGCGAAGCCUCUCUCUCUCCACGCUCCGGAAACCGGCCCCCAUUUAAAGGGAGCGAGGGCUCUGCAGAAGCGACCGAGAAGCGGAAGCGCCUGUUGGGGGUUUUUUGGUGUGGCGUUUUUGAAAAGGACGUGAAUUGAAAACGCUUUUUCAAUUGAAUUCAAUUCAAUUGAAGGCGCUCAGCCCUGGAAAGGAAGAGCCGUUGAGGAAAGGAGGAGGAGGAGAAAAAAAAAGCCGCAGGAUGGAGAGAGAAUUUGUGUAUGAAUUCAAGGCCGGGAACCAGCAUUUUGUGCUUACCGUCCCGCUGAAGUUCCCCGUCCAAGAAAACGUUAGUCAUUUGCCUAGGCGUCUGAUGCUUCUUCAUAAUUUGCCUUGCUUCGUAGAAAACGGCUUGAAAGAGUCUCUGACUAAAUUCAUAGAGGAGGAAUCCGUGGAAGAUUUUGACAGAGAAGCCGAAGCGGCUCUGGAAGCUGUAAAAUCUGGUAAAAUGGAUUUACACCAGCUGGCGAAGGCUUGGGCCCAAGCUUACACUGAGUCAACUUCCGAGCAUGCCAGACCAGAAGACCCCAGCUGGGAUGAAGAUUUUGCAGAUGUUUAUCAUGACUUGAUCCACUCUCCUGCCUCUGAAACUCUGUUGAACUUGGAACAUAAUUAUUUUGUUAGCAUCUCCGAAUUAAUAAGCGAGAGGGAUGUGGAGCUAAAAAAACUGCGAGAAAGACAACGGGCAGAAAUGGAUAAGGUGAUGCAAGAACUGGGGAAAUCAUUAACAGAUCAAGAUGUAAACAUGUUGGCAGCUCAGCACUUUGAAUCCCAACAGCUACUGGAGAACAAGUGGAGCAGUGAAUUGAAACAAACCACAGCAAUCCAAAAACAGGAGUAUCAAGAAUGGGUGGUAAAAGUUCACCAGGAUCUGAAAAAUCCCAACAGUACUAUUGGUGAUGAGAUCAAAGUCACUCCUAAUCAGUGGAGAGAAUCUGAAGAAGGAACUGGAAGACUCUUUGAGGACCAGAGGCAAUUGGAAGAAAGUUUCACUAUCCAUUUGGGAGCACAGCUGAAAACCAUGCAUAAUCUGCGACUACUGAGAGCAGAUAUGCUAGAUUUCUGCAAGCACAAGCGCAGUCACCGUAGCGGAGUCAAACUCCACCGUCUUCAAACUGCACUAUCACUUUAUUCAACUUCCCUUUGUGGUCUAGUCUUGCUUGUGGAUAAUCGCAUCAGUUCAUACAGUGGGAUCAAGAGGGAUUUUGCAACUGUUUGCCAGGAGUGUACAGAUUUCCAUUUUCCUGGAGUUCAGGAACAGCUUGAAGUUGUUCAGCAAGUUGUACUUUAUGCCCGAGCACAACGCAGUAGUAAGGCCAAAAGACUAAAUGAGGCAGGAAACAGAAAUAGUGGCAAUGAAGAUAAAUCUAAGAAUGGGGAACAGAAUCAAUCAAAUAUUUUUCCAGGAGAAUUUUAUAUCACCCGACAUUCAAAUCUCUCUGAAAUUCAUGUGACUUUUCAUCUUUGUGUGGAUGACAAUGUGAGGUCAGGUAAUAUUACAGCCCGGGAUCCUGCAAUCAUGGGCCUCCGAAAUAUCCUUAAAGUGUGCUGCACCCAUGACAUCACCACAAUUAGUAUUCCUCUUCUGCUGAUACAUGAUAUGUCUGAAGAAAUGACAAUAUCUUGGUGUCUGAAAAGAGCAGAACUUGUAUUUAAGUGUGUCAAAGGAUUUAUGAUGGAAAUGGCUUCCUGGGAUGGUGGGAUUUCUCGAACUGUUCAAUUCUUGGUACCACAAAGUAUUUCUGAAGAAAUGUUUUACCAACUGAGUAACAUGUUGCCACAGAUUUUCCGUGUGUCAUCUACGCUAACUCUGACAUCCAAACACUGAACUCUCUUCAAAAUUCUGCAAAGGAUUAAUAAAAUGUUUCUGGACUUUAAUACCAGAAACACUUUGAUAACUUGAACAUGAUUGUUGAAAUUCCUAACAGAAGCACCUGCAAUAUUUUAAAAAAAAAGUCGCACUGUACUUUCAUGCCUACACAAAGGGAAAUGGGUAAUGGGUUAUUUUUUUUCCUUCUUUUUUUUUUUUUUGCCAUUUUGGGUUCCAGGCCCUCCCUCUGUUAAAUGCUGUUCUAAGGUCCUUCAAACUCUUAGAUAACAAGAACUGUAGUAGAAAAGUGGGAAUCUAAAUGUCUGUGUAUCACUAGAAAGUAGCUGUAUGUUGAAAAUAUAAUUAUCAAAGGAAAAAACUUGCUUUUUUUAAGAUAUGGAUGUAUUCAUAUAGAAGUUUCCUUACCUGUUUUGUUUUGAGAGUGAUACCAGUUUGUUACUUCACAGAAUAGAAUGUUAAUACAGGCAAAUACAAUGAUAGCAUAUGGUAAACAGUUUUUAUAUUACCAGGUGGGAAUUUAGAUUAUAUUUUUUUCUGUAGGGCUAUAACUCCUACUUUGAAAUAUUUGGCUGGAUUUUUGCAGCCCAAAUACAGUAGUCCUAUUUGAGAUGGCAUUAUGUUUUGGUCUUGAGUUCAUAAAAGAGAUAAACAUGAAGAAUUCAAAACCACUGCAGUAAAUUAAGAGCUUCAGUUUUUUUUAAUAAGAACAGGGGAGCAAUUCACGUCCUUCAAAUUUCAUUGUGGGAUUCAUGCACAAUGAGCCAUAUACUGUGACCGUUUGCUUGGUUUUAGCUUCAUACGUUAUGUAAACUUGACCAUUGUAGUUUGCAAAUCAUGGCUUUAAAAACAUGAUUCACACAAUGUGUAGAAAAAUAUAAUUUCCCUUGCAAAGACACAAGAUAUUCUUUCUAUACUAUAGGUGGUGAAAAUAACAUCAGAACAACUACAUCUUAAGUUAUAUCUUUCUGCCAGCAGGCAAAAACAUUUUCCUUAAAGUACAUUGAUGGGUUUUGUCUGUUGAUUUGAUCAAACAUGGUGCUAUUCAGUAAUGGUAAUAGUGGAGAAAGAGGGGAUGGAAGUUGAAGAAAUAAAUUAUUUUUAAAAAGUAUAAAAAUUAAAUCUCUAAUUAAAUUAACCAGGCAUGCCUCUGCUCUGUGCUGCUCUUGGUACAGACAUGCCUCUGUUUCAUCUAGAUUAAGAGAUGAGUUUGUAACCCACAAUUAAUACUAAUUUAAGUUUGGUUUUAGCAAAAUACACAUAACUAAUUAGAUUAUUUAGGAACCUCGACUGGAUCAUAGACAAUUAUUAUGACUGUUGUGCAUAAUAAAUAUAAAUUUAAGUGAAGUAAAAUAUGAUAUUGCUAUUUUGGUGGUCAAAUUUCCCAUUAUGGAGAUUUUAUAACGUAUUUGUCACCUUAGCAACAUUUCCAGUUCUUUCCUGUUUUCCAGGAUCUUGUUAAUACUUGUCUCUUAAACUAUUGCUUGGAUUAUCAAAAAAAAGAGGCCGUUAAGAUCUAAUGAAAUGAUCAGAGUUAUGGCUUGCCUAUUUAAUAAGAACUAAAAUCCAAAAGGACUGAAAUAUUUUACAGAUAGUCCUUGACUUAUGACCAGUUGCUUAGUGAUUGUUCAAAGUUAUGACUGACCUCAAAAGUACUUAUGACACAGAUUUGAAGUUCGAAGGCUGGGUCCCCCUGCGGUCACAUGAUUUCAUUUUUGGCAGUUAGCAACCAGCCACAUUUAUGGGCAAUAUAUAGCGUUCCACAGUCAUGUGACUGCACUUUAUUUAUUUUGUUUGCUGGAAACCAGUGUUUGCUUCCAGACAGUAGAUUUGCUUAACAACCACUGUUUGCUUAAUGACCACUUCAUUCGUUUAGUGACUGCCUCAAAAAAAUGUAAAAUUGGACCAGUCAUGUAAUGACCCACUUAACCUUAAUUAUGGGCUCAAGGUCAUAAAUUGAGGAUUAUCUCAAUUUACAGAACAGCCAUGUAGUAUAAAAUCUACCUAUUUCUUUAUAUUUCCUCCAAUAAAUGGAGCUUGGAAUUCAUCAUGUUGAGUUUCUUUAGUUUUUAAUAACUAUAAAUUGCUUUUGUUGAGUGUUUCUUAAUUUGGGGCAAAAUUGAUUUGAGUGGUUUUUUCUACCAGAAAAUAAUCAUAAAAGUCAAGUUAUUUUAUUUUUAUAUCUGAUUGCAAUGUUACUUUUAAUCAAUUCAAAAAUUUUGUCUUGUAACAAUAUAAAUUUUUGAAAUCCUCCUUUUCUCCUACUGAGUGAUGCAUUUAACUUAAUUUCAAAUUUAGUCAUGACUUUAGCUCUAUAGAUUCUGAUUGCUAGAACUGCAGCAAGAUGCAGAAUAUAUGGAUGUUGAAUUUUUCAGCUUUUUUAUGCCUAAUUAUGACAAGAAGUGCCCAAAUUUUUAAUACUGUUUCUUAAAUGUUCCAUCUUAAGUAUCAGUUCUUCUGAUUUUAUCAAGCUAAAAAUAAUAUUAAUACAAUUAAUAUCAUAAGAUAUUAUGGAAUUCCAAGAGCACCUUUUUUAAUGUUUUUAUAAAAAAACUAUAAAAAUUAUGUCUGCUUUUUUUCUAUUGUGUUUACUAAUCACUUUUUGUUGAGAUUUUUUUAUAUCUAUCUGUCUCCAAAUAAUUGUUUAUUGAUUUGAAUUGCUGAUGAUUUGCUCAAUAUAUUUUGUAUUGUUCUAGGAAUAUUUAUCUAAAUAGUGAGUUAGAAACACUAUGUCAUAAACUUGUUAAUUUUCCAAAAAUUAGAAGAGUAUUCAUCAUUGUAGAAAAUCCCUUGUGUUUCAUACAAUUAGGGCAUGACAUUGGCAUCCUUCAGUCUCAAAAGACUAUGGUAUCGUGCUCUGAAAAGAAGUCCUAAAACAUCAUCUAGUGUGACUAAAAAGGCCAAUUCGAGAGUGGCAAUCCCUUCCACACAGAGGGCAGAUACAUUCUGUCCCCUGCCCAGCCCCCAGAUUUCACUGGUUCCGGGACUGCCUCUUUGCUUCAGCCUGCCGAACAAGUAUCUCUUCGAAUUGGAGAAGGCCAUGCUGCGUCUUUAGCCUCCAAGCUGAACAAUCAGAGGUCAAGGUUUCCCAGUUGUUAAUGUCCAUUUCCAGGGCCUUUAGGUCCCUCUUGCAGAUAUCCUUAUAUCGCAGCUGUGGUCUCCCUCUGAGGCACUUUCCCUCAGUACAAUACAAUUAGGGCAAUAUCAUUAACAAAAAGAUUUAUAGUAGUUUCUAAUCCCUGUAUUUCCAAACACAUUCUAUUUGUUCUAAUGAAAUCGCAAUAAGUGAACAUCCUUGUUUAGCAUCUCUUUUUGCCAAAAAAUGUUGAUAAAUUUUUGAUAAAGGUUGGUCUUUACCAUGAAACCAUUUAAGGCUCUCACUCUGCUUCAGGUCAGUAUCAGAACUGAGAAGAACUAAAGAAAAGCUGAAUUUUGAUUUGCUUUGUUUUCCCAUAGCUUUUCAAAAUGAUUUAUUCUAAUCUCACCCCAUUAGAAAGCAAGAUUAACCACCAAUUAUAAUUUAUUGAGCAAACUGUAGCUUAAAAAAAAAGUAAAUAGUGGUUUAGUGUGAUAUGUGAACCCAAUCUACAGUAUUUGAAUUCCAAAACUAACCCCUAUCUUAUUUUCUGAUUAUUUUCUUCUGUGAUUCUAUAAAGAAAAAAAAAGUAUAUUCAGUAAAACCAAUCUCUUCUUCCUACUGUUACACUGAUGUUACCAGCACCUAUUUUGCUAAAAUAAGCAAAUUAAUUUUGUGUCAAACUAAGACUUGAUCUGGCUAGCUAAGAAAAUUGUAUGAGUUUGAUACUGUAGUAUGUAAAGCAUGUUUAUAGCAAUAUAUGAACUGUAUUGUGGCUUAUCCAGCAAUUAUUAUAGCUAAUGUACGUUAUUGACAACUUAGCCCCUCAAAAAUGAUAACAAAAAUGAUAACAUAGUAUGCUAUGCUAUCCCAAUUUAUGAAUGUUGGAAUGUAUACCAUAGAAUUAGGUGUUAUUUGGAGGGCAACUAACAAUUAUUGGGUUUGUUCCUUCAAACUACAUUUCACUUAAAAUUUGUAUUGUUCAUAUCUUCUAGGCCAUUUUGUUAUGUAUAUUGGAAAAAAGUUUGCUUGACUUUUAUUCAAGUUUAUUAUUGAUUUAUUGUUUGCUAAUGCUCUUGUAGCAGUAUCCAAUGUUUUGUUAUGAAAAGUCAUGAAGAAUAAUUUAAACUGUUUAUUAGAAAUAAUUAACCAUUUGGAGAAGCAAAAACAAUGGAUAGAUUAAAGGAAGGACUCAAAGAUAAUUUUGCAAAAAGUCUUCAGAAGUCAUGGACAUAGGAAAGAACAGAACCCCAAAAUUAAAACAUUUAAGAAAAUGAAGAAAUUGAACAGAGCAGAAUGUUCAGAAUACAUUUGGCAUUGUUUCUUGGGAAAAAGCUUUGACUUGGAUAAGUUAUUCUUUGUAGAGCAAAUCCUCUUCCAAUGGUAAAGGUGUAGAACUGAACAUUUUAACUUCUGGAAAUGUUUUUGUAGCACACCAUACUAGUAUUUAUUUUUUUCAAGAAAUUUCUAAACAAAACAUUUAAAUUACAUGGAAAAGUAAAAAGAUUAAAAUAUGUAAAACCUGUGCUUAAAACUGGUAAAUACUUCCAUUCUCUCUGAUAACUUGCAAUUUGCUCUUCUUGGUCUUUACAGAUCAUUGCUAAAGCAUUGCUAACUGAGAUUUAAUGUUAAAUGUGUAUUAAGGGACAACAAUCCAUUGAUAGUAAAAUGACUUGCUUAAUUCUGUAAUGAUCCAUGUGUUAGUAAAAAAUAAAUACAAUGUUGAUCCAAA